AUGUGUGCAAGACCAGCCAUCCUCAUCUCCAACAACAAUGAGGUGUGCAUGCAAAACAAGGGCAGGGGCCCAGAGAUCAUCUAUGAAUCGGUGGGUGGGGUGAGCAUGAACUCUGUGUCUUCGAGGAUACAAACAUAUGUGAAUGUCUUCAUCUUUGAGGACAGGGUGGGGGCUCAAAAAUCAUUCACCAAUCAGUGGGCAAAGCAAGCAUGGAUGUCUAAUCACCUACUGAUCGUGGGAAAAGCGAGUGUGGACAUUGUCAUCUUCAACAACCAGGCACAGUCUACUGAUCAGUGGGCAAACAGGAUGGGUAUGCACUCCAAAGUGAGCCAGAAUGUUGGGAGGGGAUAUGUGUGGUCAGAGAGUGGAUGGGCAGUGACGAGCCCAACACUGAUGGCUUAUUGGCGGACACACUAUGUUGUAGAGGCCAAAGGGCUACAAAUGACUACAGAAAGAGUGGACUACAAAGUCUAUGCUGCUGGGAGGGAGUUGGGGACCUUCGCAGCCCUGCAGCACAUACAGGCUUACACCUGCACUUUGCACUGGUGCACAUGGCAAGCUCUGUCCAAAUCUGUGAGGAUACAUUAUGAUAUGAAAAACGUGCAGAUGCAAUGGGGGAAGGCACCGUGUGCAUGCAUAGCUGCCCGCCUCUCGCACUUGUGCCCUACAUGCAUUCAUGACCUCGCAAUUGUGCAAACAGCGUCCCAUAUGCCAAACUCGGUUGCUUACAUAAUGCUGCCCCCUUCGGAACUGGAUGGAAUGCUGCUGGGGGCUCUGGUCACAUGGGGCUCUGAGAAAGUCAUCAUAGUGGGGCAUUGCAAUAUUCAUUUGCUAGUGAUGAGAGGGAAGGCAGAGAGAAUAUGUGAAGGUCCAGAGGAGAUGCUGGAUUCUAAGGGUGAAAAGUCUGCUCUUCACUCGGAGAUUCAGAUGCCAGCAAUUUGCCCACAGGCAAAAUUGAAGGUUGUCUACUAG